GUUAAUUUUGAAUGGUAAACGUUAUCAUAACCUCACUCGCACCGCUACGUCAAACAUCAGUUGAAGAAUAAUUUAUACAUUAGCAUGAACUCUGUAUCACCAAACAUAUGUGUGUUCGACGAUAGUGUUCGUGUUGUAAUUAAUACAGCUGCGUGGAACGAUCAGUGCGCAUGCGCCGUGUGAAACCACGUCAUUCACGUAGAGUUAUGAUUGGAGAGGCCACGUGCUGAGUUUCCAGUGCGCGUUCUCGUCUGUCUACCUGCUCCUGGCUGUGUAAUUAACCAUGAAUGACACUUAUAGACUGUCUGCAUGAAGCUGCAGCUGCUUGAAGGAGGACCGUGGACUCGGAGGUGCUUGCAGACCAGACAUGUCUAACCUCAAGCCCAAAGCAGAGAGCCAGAGCGAUGAGGCAGAGGGCCCGGAUGGAGGCUGGGGCUGGGUGCUGGUCGGUGCCCUGUUCGUCAGCACGAGCCUCGUGUUCGGCCUGAUGCGCAGCUUGGGGAUCUUCUUUGUAGAGUUUGUGCAGUACUUUGAUGAGAGCGCUCAGGCCAUCUCCUGGAUCUCAUCCAUUGGCCUGGCUUCACAGCAGUUCUUCAGUCCGUUGGGUGCAGCACUCUGUAAUGCAUAUGACACGCGGAUAGUGGUGAUGACGGGGGGCUGUCUCUCUGGACUCGGCCUCAUACUUGCCUCCCGGGCCACCUGUCUUGUUCACCUCUACCUCACUAUGGGUGCCAUUUCAGGUUUGGGCUGGGGGCUGGUCUUCACUCCCAUGGUAGCUACAGUCAUGGCUAACUUCACUCGGCGGCGCGCCCUGGCGUUGGGACUGGCGUUUUCCAGCGUUGGGAUCUCUUCCUUUGCUUUCAAUCCACUCUUCCAGCUGCUGGUGGAGACGUACGCCUGGCGAGGGGCCCUUCUGAUUCUGGGGGGUCUCAGCCUCAACAUUGUGCCCUGCGGGGCCCUCGUCCGUCCAAAGCGACGCCCUAAAGCCCCAGCAAAGGCAGAUUCAGAGAGCAGACCAUCAUGUGCUUCCCUGCUGCACAGAGUCUCCUCCUACCUGGAGCUGUCCCUGCUCCUCGAGAGGCCUUAUUUGACCUACACCCUUGGCGUCUCUCUUCUUAACGUUGGCUACUUCGUGCCAUAUUUCCACCUGGUGGCCCACAGCCGCCAGACUGGCUUCUCGGAGUACCAAGCUGCUUUCGUCAUGUCAGCUGCUGGCGCUUCAGACAUUUUGGGCCGUGUAGUGUCAGGCUGGUUCGCAGACCUGGGUCGCUUUCGGCUGAUUCAUUUACUGAGCUUGUGGACAACGCUGGCAGGAGUGUUCAUCAUGCUGCUGCCUGUGAGCACCUUGUCCGGAUCCUACGCUGCGCUGAUGGUGAUCAGCCUCUUCUACGGCUUCUGCUCUGGGACGCUGACCUCAGUGGUCUUCGCGGUGGUGCCCAAGAUUGUGGGUGUGGAGCGCUUGAUGGGGGCCCUCGGGCUGCUGCAGCUGCUCGAGAGCGGCGCGGGACUUCUGGGGACACCUCUGUCAGGGUUUCUAAAGGACGUCACAGGCAACUACAUCACUUCCUUCAUAGUGGCUGGCGGUUUCCUCAUUCUUAGUACUUUAACCUUUGCCACCCUGCCGCACUACUUCUCCUGGACAGAUCCACCUCCUCCUCAAAGAUGUUCCCGCCACGACGACAAAGAUAUGGGUUUAAAUUCAGAGUUGGAACAGAUGAAUAGUUUGUCUUCAGCGUGAUUCAUCGAGGACUUUAGUGAUGAUCUUGUGAAAUAAUCAGGCUUUAUAAUCUGCAACACUGUGGAGGUUUAAGGGUUCAAGAGCCUAAUUAACACUCUUCAUCCAGCCAAUGUAACGAUGCACCAAAAGACACCAUCAGUUCGUAGGCUGCUGCACAUGUGUUUGCAUUAUACCUCAGAGAUUUGGACCCAAAGAAAGAAGCUUACUGUGAAAACUGACAGCAUAAAGGGGCCAAUAAGUUCCUCAUCCUGUUACACAUCGUAACCUCAGUUUAACUUUUAGGCCACAAUCAGCCUAAAAGGAAAUACUGGGCAUUUAAAUACUUUAUUUAGCAAUAAACAGAUGUGUGGUAACUGUGCAUGCACAGCACAUGCAAGUUAUUAAUAUUAUUAUUAUUACACAUACCAUCAAUGUUUCAUAAGAAGCAGAAAACUAUUUUAUUGUCUUGGUUUGUGUGAAUGUAAGGUUUGUGUCUGUAAGACAGACCAGCAUAUUUAAAUUUUGCACGGACAUGAUUAGUCUUUAACUUUCACUUAUAUAUCUAGUGAUAUAUUAUUUUAAGGAGGCACAGAUGACAUAGCACAAUAGACACAGCUGAUCAGCAUGACUGGAUUAAUUCACUCUUGGCCCCCCUACAGGGCCCCUGUCCCAUUUAUUGUGUAUGUACGCCAUCAUCUCCAACUAACUGGUAAAUACUAUGGCUACACAUGACAACAUUAUUUUUCACGGACACCUUGUAAACAAUGAUGAGCCUCCUGUGGUAUGUAUGUCCAGCAUUUUAAGAAAUAUUUAAAAACAUGCACUAUAUGUGCACAGUAUCUGAAAUAAUAACUAGAUUUUUAUUUAAGGCCACUCUACAAGACAGAGCCUCCGGUAAUGACGCAGGGCCUGUCAUAAGUCCUUUAGUGUUACAGCUAAUAUUGUGCUUUAUUGGUGUUCUUCCAAAUUUUACAAAAAAACAAAUUGUGAUUGGUCUUCUGUGGUCUUACACUUCUGUGUAAUUUGUGAAUGUAGAUUAUGAAUGAAAGAAACUGAAUUUCUUAAUGAUUAGCUGAAGCCUUUUGUGCUGCUCACUGUGAACAUUUACAAUGAGCUGCAGACACCAGUACUGUUUCCAGCGACUCUUUCAGCCUCAGGACUUUGACUUUACACCAGUGCAUCACUGGGCAGAAAUACAAGUGCAUUUUCCUACCAUAAAAUCAUUGCUUGCAUAAGUUUGUACUUUUUGUAAACCCAAAGCCAAGACUGUGUUUGUAGGUCAGAGAUGUUUGGCUUUGAGAACAGCUGAAUAAACACCAGGCUCAUAGAGCAGAGACAACACGAUCACUGUGACCUGCUGGUUACUGGCAGCUGAUGAAUAAUUUAGCUUUUUUAAUUGCUGAAAUGUGAAAAAUGUUUGUCUUAACCAUGUUUUCCUGGCAGUCUGUGAUUAGACCUUGCACUCAAUCAUGCAGGCUGCAACCUGACACUGUUAUACGU